AUGGCAAGCACACCAAAGUUUGAAGUUGUUGCUGAUCACGAAUUCAAGGUCCGCGAUCGUAUCUAUCUUAAGGAUGAGAACGGCCAUGACCUCUCAGAAGUCACAAUCAUCGCUAUCGAAGGCACCAAAUAUACUGUUAGAUCCGAUGAGGACCGCAAGGACGUCAAGGAGCUUGAGGGCACAGAUAGACUCCUCGUUAAGACAAGAGACAACACAAAGAUCUUCAAGGAGCAAGAGAUGAAGCGUGCUACCUCAAAGCUUGGCUCAGACGAUGAAGACGAUGACGCCGAUGAGGACGCUGAUGCCGAUGAGGAUGGUGAUGAGGAUGAUGAAGAGGGAUUCGAUGAUGACGACGAUGAACCAAAGAAGAAGUCCCGCCGUGGCAGAAAGGGAAAGAUGGAUAAGGCCGUCAAGCCAAGACCAGCUGGCUGCCGCUCUAACCCACGUCGUGGCCAGAAGGAAGAAUAA